CACACACACACACACACACACACACACACACACAUGAAAUUUCCUAAAGAAAGUUAUGAUUAAAUUAUGUAUAUGAUCUCUAUCUCUAUCUUUGGGAAUAUAUCUCUCUACACACUUAUCUUUAUCUCUCUAGGAUGUACGCUGCAUCGGACGGACGAUUGGACGCUCCUUGAAGUAUACGGUUGUCGCUGCUGCCUUUCGGAGGAUAUGACAUUACUGAGGAUGUUGUAGCCAAGGAGACGCCUACAAACAUUGCGUUUUCUCUUUUUGUUCUUGUUCCUGUCCUGUGGCGGCAUGGCUCUCUCUCCCGUUGGGGUCACAGGCGUCCCGACAUCUUUUAGCGGCUACACUCAACAGGAUGCGAACUUCGGUCGCCUGUACAAAGCUGCCACGCAGACUAGCAAGCGUGUGCUGAAGGCUGUGUUCUUGCUGCUGCUGCCUCGCAUUCGCGUGGCGGAGAUGAGCUGUUUUCCUUCUUCCAUUGCUGACUACUGCAUGCAUGUCCUGAAUUGGUCCAACACUAAGUUUCGAUCCAGCUUUAACUCCGAAGAGCGAACACUCCUUCAGCAGCCUGUUGUUGCAACCGAUAUGGACGUGUCUCUGCUGUCUAAGCUAUUUUUCAUGCUUUUCGGGGAUCUGAAUAUACCGGAGUCAUUGUGGCGCGCCGUGCGGAACAUCAAGAACGUAAGGAACCGAGUGUGUCAUGAACACUUUUUGCUAGACGAAGAACAACUUGCCAAGAACUUGAGUGACCUAAAGGCGAUGUACGAAGCACUGCUAGACCAGACGAAGGACAUAUUCGCCGCCGAGGUGGACGACCUGAAGAAAGCGUUUUAUGCUGAGGUGGAUGAGAUCAUGUCUACGUCGGUACCCGUGGAGGCAUCAGAAUACUUUGAUAAAGUGGAACAAUUCCGCAUUCAACUUGUGGGUCAGUUUAUCAGGCAGAGCCAACGGGAACUGAUGGAAUACUACGCCAAGCUGAAGGUACUGAACCCCUUCACGUGGCUCAGCAGCCAUAGCUUCCCGCAGCUGCAGGUAGACAGGAUCUUCACUCCAUUGCUCAUCACUGAGCAGACCAGAAAAGUGGAGGCCGCUGCGCUAUUGGCCACAGAAGUGCUGAACUCUGAUACGGAAGAGGACUCCGGCGUUCUUCCUGACGUGCUGGUGCUAGCCGGCAUUGCGGGCUGCGGCAAAACAUCACUGUGUCGCUAUCUGCUGCAUGACUGGCACACAAAAGAGGGCUCUGUGGCCUGUCUCAGGUCGGUGGAUGUCCUUCUGUAUAUUGAGGCAAGGAACGUUACCUCUCCUUCCCUCGCUACCUUCCUGCAAAAAGCCUUGCUGCCUAACACCUGCAGUCACUUCGAAGAGAAAGACAUCCUGCAAACGUUACGGCAAGUGGCUGUGUUGUACGUCAUCGAUGGAAUGGACGAGGCCACAGCCGACGCUCGGGAGCUGCUGAAUGACGUCUUCUCGCUGGCAGGCGACGCGCGCGUCCUCGUCACAACUCGGCCAGAGUUCACCUCGAGCGUGACGCAACUUGCGGAGCAUCACCACCUGUCCCACAUGACUUUUAAGGUUCACGGUUUUUCUGAUGAGGGCAGAAGAUCAUUCGUUGCCAGGGUGUUUGCAGCAUUCGUACCCGACGAGGCGGCUCGUCAGUGCCAAGAGAGAGAGUUUCUGAAGUUCCUCAAAACCUCUUGUCAGGGUCUGGUCGGCCACCUCAAGUUGCCUCUUACACUCGCGCUGCUCGUUUGUCUCUGGCGGGACGAUAAAACAAGCAUAGCCAAUGUUAAUUCCGCUACCAGACUCUACGCGGAGAUCUUCAAGCUCUGCACAUCUAAGAUGGCGACACGGCUCCAUAAUAGCGCAACACCUCUUCUGCUAGACCUGCAAGACUUCGUGGCGUCGUGGUUUAUGGCCCUGGGACGGGAAGCGUACCGCAUGCUAGAGGAAGGACGGCUGAUCAUUGACGGCGACACUCAGCGGCAGCUGGUGGCUCUGUGUGAAGGGAAGGGUCUAGCCAGCCUGCAGGUGUUUUCCACUUUCCUGCACUGCGAAAUGAGUGUCAGCCUCCUUGGCGUGUGCCAUAACUUCUCUUUCGUGCACAAGAGUCAGAUGGAGUACCUCGCAGCGUUGUAUAUCUACCACGAACUGAUGAAGGAGUUACCUCUUAGCAAGGAGUCUGUCAAGGGCGUGCUGGCAAAAUUCAACAUCUUUGGGAGGAGCAUGAACCAAGAAAAUAGGUCAGGCAUUAGUGAUAUCAUCUUGUUCGCAGGGUGGGGAGCCAAGUGGGUGAAUACCUGGCUCUUUGUGGUGGGACAUUUGUGCAUGAGUACGAAGGUGGAUAGCGUUCUGCAGGUGGUGUUGGACAUUAUUCUGUCUGUUCGCGCCGUAACGCAAAACGAAAUCACAAUGUGGCGCCUCGUGGAGGAAUCAGGACGCCACCCGAUUGUGAAGCAACGAGUCGGCGCCGCUAUGAACAGAAGCUUGAACUGGCGGCCUAAUGAGGUAGAGUUGUGUGACGUCACUAACCCAGUGCUGAUGCUGAUGCAGCACACCACCUUCACGCCGCAAGCCGUCUACCUACGGUUGGUAGGCAGUCAACACGGCACACUGCUGGUCGACGAGGAUGGCCACCCGCGCCGUGUCACCUACCACAGUCUGCCGCCCAUCCUUACCUGCCUCACGCGGCGGCCUUCCUGCAUGGUGUUCCUGCGGCUGGAUGAACAAUACUACACGUGGGGAGGAGAGGAAACCGCCGACGAGCUUCUUAAAGCACUGCAGUCAAAGGGCAAUGUAGUGACAUUGAUGGGCCACCUGGGGCCACAGGGAGCCACGGCCUUGUCCACUGUUAGGGAGAUUGGUGACCUGCAAGUUCGGAUAAGCCAAGUGGCCACGCUUAAGGAACUGGCGAGGGGUUUGUUGGGGAAACACGGGAGUCACGUCGGGAGCCUCACGCUGCGUCUGGACCUGCCAUUUGACCCGCCUACAGCCACCCUUCCACGCCUCCUUCAUCCCGCAAAUAUCACCAUUAUCUUGCGUGGGGUGAAUGACGCCGUCGUCGCUACCACUGCCAAGAUGGUAAAGGAAAUCUUCCCAAAUCCCCGCCACCUAGAUCUCGUCGCCUCAACUCUCACCCAAAGCGGUGCCCACUCUCUCCUCGCUGCACUGAAGACCUGCCGCGUCACUGUUUUGAGCAGUCUUACUGUGCGCUCCCCAUACAAACUCAGCGAGGAUGCACGCCUCGAACUGCAGGCAGUGCUUGGGGACAGUUGCGCCUUGUACUGGUGGAGCUGAGGUGCCACGUCCACACCCUUAACCUCUUAGGCAUGUGUGCAUGACACAAAAGUGUGUGUGUGUGUGUGUGUGUGUGUGUGUGUGUGUGUGUGUGUCAGAGGUGGGCAAGUGCGGUACUUAGUGGGGUAGUGCGGUAGUACCGCUUCACAAAAAAAGUACCGCACUACCGCAAACUUUCUGAAAAUACCGCACUACGGCGGACCGCACUAAAAAAUCCUGCGAAACUUUUUGCGGUACAUAGAAAAUUAUCGAAGACAUUUGCAGCGCAGCAUGCUCACAGAUCAGUCAAUUGGUAUCAGUCAUCAGAAUCAGUGAUUCAAUCAUUCUAACUUUUCAGUUAUUGUUCGAAAUUAAAUACUAAAUGAAUAACUCAGAGUAAAUCUGUUCGUCACUCAACUCAAGGCGGCGCGCCAUGACUGCCUCUGACGAUGACUGUACAUGGCAGUGUACAACAGUACAAGCAAGCACUAACAUGAUCGCAGCUCAAUCUCAUGUCCCGUACACAUUUUCAUUGAUGCAUAACAUAGACCAUAGUACAUACUAUAUCUGUUUUUUAACUUCACUGUAACUUUUCUAUUUUAUCAUUCUCUCUCUCUCUCUCUCUCUCUCUCUCUCUCUCUCUCUCUCUCUCUCUCUCUCUCUCUCUCUCUCUCUCUCUCUCUCUCUCUUUUCAAUGUAGCCUAGAUCAACAUUGUUUCAUUAUAAUAAUAAUAA